CCCGACGCCAACACGGCCCCCCCGCCCGGCCUCACCCCCGCCACAGGUUACGGCAAAACCGUGGUUACCGUGACAACAGCGAAUGGGUGUCAAGCUCCCAUUCCGACCAGGCAUCCUCACACCGCCAUGAAAUUGUGGCGGGCAGCCGAGGAUGUCAGUGAUGCGACACCAAGAGAGCGGGCCUUGAAGAGCGUCAGUUUCCAGGAAUCGGUCAGCGUUAUCACUGACAGGCCUGCCAACAUGGAACUGGAGAGCCAGCAGAUCCAACAUGGCUGCCUCAACAGCCCCAGUAACCGAGCUCACAAUGCAGUCGGUGUGAAAGUAGAGACUCCCGACAGCGAGGUGGCGCAGGAGAUCCGCUACUUGGACCAGGUUUUAGACGCCGCCUCAGAAACACCCACCAACGGGAACUCCUCGCCAUCCGAACACGCCAAGCCGAUCACCAUCGAUGGGAACUCUCCUUCCGUCUGCGUGUCGGCCUCCUCUCCCGUCGAUCACCAAUCGAUUGCCGUGGAGGGCCUGAGACAAACCACGUUCCUCCACCAGGAGGACGUCGCCUUGAGGACCAACGGCCACGUGCAGGGGGAGGAGUCGGGGAGCGGCAGGGCCAAGUUUGAGCUGAGAGCGUUUCAGGAGGAGAAGCGGCCAUCGAAACUCUUCACCCCCGGAGAGGAGCAGCAGGUCAGGGUGACGAGGAGGCGACCCUCAGGGGAGGUUCAGGAGCUGGAGCGUGAGCGCCAGGAGCUGAUCAAAGACCAGGCCGUGAAGAAAAACCCCGGGAUCGCCAAGCGCUGGUGGAACCCUCCUGAGGAGGUUCCUUUGGAAAAACAGCUGGAGGCAGAUCAGCUCGAGUCUCUGAAGAAAUACCAAGAGAGGAAACAGCAGAAACAGAGUCACACUUACACGUACACACAGCCCCAGGUUUCAGGUCCUCCCACAAUGGUGACCUUUGACCCAGAGAUAAACAGGAAGGAGGAGAUUCUGGAGGAUCAGAUCAACUUCUCAUCUGCCAGAAAGCAGUUUCUGCAAGGGGAUGCGACCAAGAGGGACGUGGCUCCUCACAUGUAUUCUGCCAAGCCCUUUUCAAAAUCCAUAACCAGGGGCAGCCAGGGGAGCGGUGACAUUGUGGCGGAAACCGGGGAGAGCCACAUGACCUGGUCUGAUGAAGGAAUUGCAACCGAAUUUACCUGUGCACGAGCUGUAAUGACAAUCCUGCCUGACGAGGAGGAAAGGAAGAGCCCUUUCUACCCGGGGUUUCACCCAGAGGAGUCUGACUCGGGAUUAGACGAGUUGUCUGUCCGCUCUCAGGACACGACUCUGUUCAGCUUGGAUAAUAUUUCUGACAGUGGGGCUUCGCUACCGCCCACCCCACUGCCACUCACCCCGGUGUCACCGCCCACCCCCCAGCCCACCACGCCAGUGAACGGGCUGACCAGUGGCAGUCCAACAGAAGACGAGCUGGAGUACCACGCAGGGGUACUUGUCCAAAAUGCCAUCCAAAAUGCCCUGGCAGCCCAGGACGGAGACGAGUGGCAGCCGUCCGAGUUGAAUUCUUCACAACUGAGCACCCCUGUAUCUCCAUCCUCGACUUCAACAAGUAGCCCAGUGCCAGUUUCUUCGUCCCCUGUGUCUUCUGGUGGAGCUCCCAGUCUCCAAUCACCUGUGUCCUCCAGUCCGGCUCCAUCCAACGUGUCCCCUCAGCCAGACGGAUGGCCUCCAGAAUCACAACACGCUCUGCAGCAGCAGCCCUCCAGUCCAGCCCGGCGGCCACAGCUGCAGACGCCUUCUCCGCCCCCUUCUCAGCCCGUCUCGCCACCACAGAGGCCCAAAAACGGAGGCCCCAGGAUCAAAAUCCAGUCCUCCUACGCCAGAGCACUGGCCUCCUCGGCCCCGUCUCCGGCGCAGGCACCCGCCUCCUCCUCGGCCGCUCCAGUUCCCAGGCCAACCCCAGUCUACCGUCCCCCUUCUCCUCCGAGCCCGGAGAAACCCGAGUUCAGCUACUUCAGUAAAUACUCGGAGGCCGCUGAACUGCGCAGCACAGCGGCAGCGGCGCGGGGCCCCGAGGUGGACGCGGCCAGCGGCCCCUUCCGCCUGCGCUCCAAGAAGCAGCGAACGUUGUCCAUGAUCGAAGAGGAGAUCCGAGCAGCUCAGGAGAGGGAGGAGGAGCUGAAGAAACAGAGGGAGGAGAAGCCGGUCGUCAUUGUCCGCCCCAGCAACUCCUCCGGCAACAGCCUCGGGCCCGUGAGAUCGGGGGUGCGGCAAACCAAGAUUUCCCCAGCAGAUAAGAUGAAGAGCAACAGCCUGCCGGCGAGACUCACACUGACGGCGAGGACGGCGCCAGGAAAGAUCGAGAAGGUUCGACCUGCGCCGCCCGUCUCGCCCUCACCCUCAGAGGGAGCCCUGUCUGACGCCGGCAGCGAGGACUCUGGAGGGCGACCCAAGAACUUCAUGCAGACGCUCAUGGAGGACUAUGAAACACACAAAGUGAAGAGGAAGGAGAAACUCGAGGACAACAGUGUUCUGGAGGCCACCCGCGUCACCAGGAGGAAAAGCGACAUGGCACGGAAGUGGGAAGCCGGUAUCUACGCCAACGAGGGAGAAGAGGAGGAGGGGGAAGAGGAGGAAGAAGAGGAGGAGGAGUAAACGGCUCCUCUCAGAGACAGUUAAGGGACUGAGUGGAAAGGUGGAGGAAGAAGAGGAUGAUGAGACUUAGGGAAAAAUGCAGCGCAGACAGGGAAAGGAAACAGUAUUUAUUUUACUCCUAGUAUUCUGGUUGAUCACAUGACCCGCUGGCUCCACCAAUGGGACUAGUGCACCGAGUUGCGGUUCUUUUGGGACCUGAGGAUUGAAGGCCAACAGUAUGUUAGAUGACCGAGCAUGUGAGAGACAUUUGAGGUGUUGAGGUGAGUUUGGAGAAGAAGAAAAAAAGGUCAGUGGCGAAAGAGACACUUUGAAAGGGUUUCAUGGUGGUUAAAGAGCGCUCUUCAGAGGUGUAUUUUAUUAUUAAAGGUUUUUACUAGUUGGUAGACGCUGAAUGACUUAAAUAUUCAUAGGAUUUCCGUUCAACCUGUAAUUGUCUUUAUUUAAAUUGUUGAUGAAAAAGUUGACGAUUAACCCAGAGUCAUCUUAAAAAUGUGUGGAGAGACGAGCAAGCGUGUGCAUUGUGGCUUUCAAGAAACGUCUCUGAGGAAAAGGAGAAAAGAAAAUCAAAAGCCUAAUUUUUGUAAUCUCAGAAUAAUUCGAUGACGCUGCAGUGAAAGGCCGAGACGGUCUCCAGACACCGAAUCAAGUGGGACCUGAAGCAUCACCUUCUGAGCCCGAGAAGGUUUAUCUUCUGCAUCUCGCCGUGCCACAGUACAGAUUGAACACACACACACACACACACACACACACACACACACACACGUCCUUGAACUGUUGAAUGCUGGAGAGAAACAUUUGAAAAACUAGCGCCGCGGUUCAACUCUGCCUUAGACCGUCAGUAGAUUGUUGGAAUGAUGCAUUUCAUCUCCUGUUCCGUAUUGCUGCCGUUUCAGGAGACUUUAGAGGCAAAUACACAACCACGUUAGAGCGAAAGUCUGUCAAUGAAAUAAAUAUAUUCUUCAGCGACUUCACGUCUACUCAGUGACGGACGGACGGGGACGAGGGGAGCUGACUGAAAGUGUGUGUAUUAAUUAAAGGGCUGGGUCGCGUUUUUUAUAUUUUACAAAAUCACUUAUUUUACAUUCGCUCGCUACGUCGGCCUGUGAUUUAUGAUGUGAGCAGUUGUUUCAUGUCUUAUACUGAGGUAGGACUGUGCAUUUGAUAUAUUAACAUGUGUGUUGAGAUUGUAUCUACUACACCUUUCUUAGCUGAGGAUAAAGUUUGAUGAAAAUGAUUGAAAAAGAGCUUUUUUUUAUAUAAUGUUGUUAUACCAAAACCGAACGCCGUUACUUCGAGAGCUUAUGCUUUUAAAAUAUAUUUAACGCAUGCUAGUUGUGCGCAUGACAUGACACUCCUGGAAUUCUUUUUCUUAAUACUGAAUAUAUAUCGUGAGCGUUGAUUUUGGCGAGACGAUGUGAUUUCCUGUUUUGUUAGGUGGACACAAAGUAACUGCAACACGUUUGCGAGUGUAGCAACCAAUCAGAGCGCAGCGCUCGGCUUUCGAAAAAAAUGAUAUGAUUAUUGGUAGAAAUGUGUCAACAUGGCUUUUUUUGAACCACUUAAAAUAAAAUAAAAAGCAGAGCAAAAGGAUUCAACCUCCCGGUCUCUGUUGGCUUGUUUACCGAGGCCUUGGGAGAUUUGUUUUUGUCAGGCUGGUGAGAAAGAUUUCCCCCGUUGAACCAAGUGCCCUUCACACAGAAAAUGACCUUUUUUUGGGGGGGUUUUGCUCACAAACACACACUGAAAAUCUAUAUAAUUAAACCUGAGGUAAACUUGCACAAAAAAUAAAGGAGUGCGGGACACAUGCUGACCCCUUGGCAAUAAGGACUCUACUAUAUUUAUUGUGACAGUCCCAUCCGGAGUGCAACUUAUCUGACUCUAUUUAAUUAUCUAUUUUAAUAUGUUCUCUGAGGGAAACGUAGACCAGAAGAAGUGUGGGACGUGUCCAUUUUCCCCCCUGAAACCCCAAAAAACAAAAACACGUUGGUUCCAGAGAAUCCUCCUGGCUCUUCUCGACACAUGCGCGCGGUAAUAUUGUAUAUUAAAUGGUAUUUAAAGGACUACUGUCCCAUUGAAUGAGACGGAGGUGUUAUUGCGGUCCAGCAGAUGGUGUGAGCUGACGCUGAGAUGAGAAUCUUUUUAGCACACGAGUCAAAGGACAAACACAACGCACCACCAUGUGAGAGAUGUUCCAUUCCAGAGGAGCUUGAACUGACAUUUCGAGAUCUUUUGGGCCAGAGGAUAUUCUUUUCGCGGUGACUUCCUCCAUAGUUUACUGUGGCUGCUGCGACACCGUGUAAAACUGCAUUACUGUAAGCACUGUCCUCAUGUCACCUUUUAAUAGGACACCAUCGAACCCCUAACUCCUUUAGAGUUUGAAUCAGCUACACUAUAACGCUUUUGAAACGGUGAUGACAUCGUAGCAGAGGAGUUCUAAUUGUGUGAUUUAUUAUUUUGAUGAUUAUGAUGCUCUUGUUGUUUGAAUGAGAUGAUUUAUUUAUCAUUUUAAAUGCUGGUAGCUUGUUUGGGCCUGAAGAAGCACCUGAGCUUCAGUGUGGGACUUCCACUGCCUGUGUGUGUGUGUGUGUGUGUGUGAUAAAGGAAUCCUAUUAUACAGUAUAACCUCUGUUCCUAUGUUAACCACUUGUAUGCUCAUACUCUGCUUUGUUAUUUUAUAGCACAUGUAAGGCUCGCGGUUAUACACCUACGAUACAUAUUAUGGAUAUUUUCUCAUUAAAAACAA